AUGGAUCCAGAGCCUGAAACCGAGUCCAGUCCAAGCGAUGUUCGUCUUCUAAGCAAGGCCGCAACGAAUCUACCGACCCCAGGACUCCAGCAUAUCGCUUUUCCGAUCUUAGAGGUCAUCUGGGUAAAACAGGCACUACGUAUCCGACGACAUCCGGGGGAUGAUUAUGAAUCGUACCACGUUGACAAGUUCGCCCCCACGAUGACUCAAAGACACCAGAACAGGCCACAGCAUGGUCUAUCUGGUCAAUCACAUGAUACAUCCGAGGAGACGAACAUCCCGUACCAUCGAAUCAGAGGGGGUAGUUUCCAACUCAGCGGCAUUGCGAAACGCAAAUCGGUUGGACGAUUAUGUAGUCAUUAG